AUGACACGAUCCUCCCGGAAAACUCCCGUCAUCAUUGGCGUCGGAGAUGUGGUGAACAGAUCGAAAAGAAUCGAAGGUGCGAUAGAGCCAUUGCAGCUGAUGAUCAUGGCCAUUCAGAAUGCCAUCAAAGACACCGAGUUGGCUGCAUCAUCCCUGGCAACUCUGCAAUCCGCCAUCGAUAGUAUAGACGUGGUUGCAUGCUGGACGUGGCCCUGUGACUAUCCCCGUCUGAUUGCAGAGCGACUUGCUGUCAAACCUUUGCAUGCUCACAUUAGCGAUCAUGGCGGCAAUGAGCCCGCACAUCUGCUAGAUGAAGCCGCCCGCCGAGUGUCCAUGGGCGAGAAUAGAGUAGCAGUUGUCACCGGUGGCGAGGCAUUGGCAUCAUGCAAUCCGAUUCAGAUUUAUCCGUUGUACGAGAACGCUUUCCGUGCACGCCGGAAUCAGACCUUACGUGACAACCACGUCGAGUCAGCGAAAAUGUACGCAGAGUUUGCGAAAGUCGCAGAUAAAACCGAAUAUGCCUGGAAUUACCCGGCUCCGGCUCCGACCGAGGAAGACAUCAAGACCGUAUCGAAGAAGAAUCGGAUGAUAUGCUUUCCAUAUCCUCUCCUCAUGAAUGCUUUCAACACUGUGAACCUAUCUGCGGCUGCAAUCGUGACUAGCACUGACUACGCGAGGGAGCUUGGCAUCCCAUCUCACAAAUGGGUGUAUCCACUUGGCGGAGCAGGAACUGCUGACAGCUCCGACUUUUGGAAAAGGCCAGCAUACUGGUGGAGUCCAUCGAUAUCCCGUUCUCUAGACACCGCUCUUGAUGUUUCUGCAAUCGAUAAAUCCGACAUCGACCUCUACGACUUCUACUCCUGUUUCCCGAUAGUGCCCAAGCUAGCAUGUGAGCACCUGGAUUUGCCAAUAGUCGGCUCGCCUAAGCCCAUUACACUACUCGGCGGCUUGACCAGCUUUGGCGGAGCUGGCAACAAUUACUCAAUGCACGCGAUCUCGGAGAUGGUGCGUCAAUUGCGAGCAGGCAAGGGCAAGACCGGCCUCGUGCUUGCCAAUGGUGGCUGGGUAUCCUAUGAGCACGCGAUCAUUCUUUCCAGCAGCCCAAGGAGCGACGGUCUGCCAUACCCGGAUGAAGCUCCAUUGCCGAAAGUGGUCACCGAUGUCCAGAUACCUCCAAUCGCAGAGCAGCCCGAAGGAGAUGCUGUUGUUGAGACAUAUACCGUUGAGUACAACAGAGACGGUAGUCCAUUGAGAGGACAUAUUGUUGGAAGAUUAAAGAAUGGCCACAGAUUUCUGGCGAAUCAUGCUGACGACGAGACUCUACGCCAGCUGUGUAGCUGGGAAGUCGAGCCUAUCAAUAGAAGGGGUAGAGUGAAAGCAGGGCCAGAGGGGAGGAAUCUGUUUAGCUUUGGCGAGCUUUCGAAAUUGUGA